AUGGAUGCUUUUUUAAAGGAAAUCCUCAAGCCUUCAGAGCAGGACAUGUUUGACCACUUGACACGGAUGGAAACACCUACCCACACUAAAGGGAGAUGUUCCAGGUAUGUGCUGCCCUCAGCCAACAUGGGUCUGCCCAGCCACCUCAUCCAGUGCCACCGCCCCCGACCUGCCUACACCACUCACACAGCCCCCGUGGUCAAGAUGCUUGAUGAGCAGAGAAAGGCUGCAUCUAACUGCCUAGCAGAGACAGAGCCAAACAGAGAGCCUCAAGAAGCUGGUUUUGAGGAGGAAACCCAAGUGCUGACUGAGCUGAGCAGAGGUAACAGCACCCCUGGGACUGGGAAGGACUCUGUAGGAAUGGCCAUGGCUGAGAGCACUUCGCCAUCACCAAGCGUUUGCAAUAAGGUUAUUUUUGCAAGAAAACCUCCCUUCUGUGUGCUACCACACAGCUUCCUGACAUGUUCCAGCAAGAACAAAUGA